AUGUGGUGUGGCAGGUUCAUUAAGCAGUGUGCUUGGUUAAUUGUUGUGAUUCAGAGUUUGUUGAUUGUCGCGUCCCGCAAACACUACACAGUUGAUGUUGUUGUGGCAUGGUAUACUGUUAACUUAGUCGUGUUCUUUAUCGAGAAAACAUUGCCAGAAUUGCCUGAUCGCUCUAAUGGAGGUACAUUGCUCCCUUACACCAAGGAUAGCUGGACAAAGGAAGAGAAUCACAAACUUUUGAAUGGGAAUUCUGGAGAUUCGGCUGACAGGAGACCUAAGACUCAGAGCAAUGGCAAGAUCAUUGAAAAUGGAAAUUCACUGCAUAUUGAAGCAGCGAUCAAUGGCAUAUAG